AUGAGCCAGGGGGACUCCAACCCGGCGGCGACGCCCCACAUCGCGGAAGACGUGCAGGGCGACGGCCGGUGGAUGUCCCAGCACAGCCGAUUCGUCCUGGACUGCAAGGACAAGGAGCCCGACGUGCUGUUCGUGGGCGACUCCAUGGUGCAGCUGCUGCAGCAGUACGAGAUAUGGCGAGAACUUUUUUCACCAUUACAUGCACUGAAUUUUGGGAUUGGUGGAGACACUACAGGACAUGUUUUGUGGAGACUGAAGAACGGUGAACUGGAAAAUAUUAAGCCCAAGGUCAUCGUUGUUUGGGUUGGAACAAACAACCAUGAAAACACAGCAGAGGAAGUAGCUGGUGGAAUAGAGGCCAUUGUGAGACUGAUCAAUACUCAGCAGCCCCAGGCUAAGAUUAUCGUACUGGGCCUGCUCCCUCGAGGCGAGAAGCCAAACCCCCUGCGGCAGAAGAACUCCAAGGUGAACCAGAUCUUGAAGACCUCCCUGCCAAAGCUGGCUGGAGUCCAGCUGCUGGAUGUGGAUGGGGGCUUUGUGCACUCGGAUGGCACCAUUUCAUGCCACGACAUGUUCGAUUUUCUGCACCUAACGGGUGCCGGCUACACAAAGAUCUGCAAACCCCUCCAUGAACUCAUCAUGCAGCUGCUGGAGGAAACCCCAGAAGAGAAACAGGCAACUCUGGCCUGACAGCCUCCCAUCCAGCCCCAUCCCAGCGCCAUCAGCCCAGUUCUUUUUUCCAUGGCACUACUGAAUCCUCGCUCGACGUGCUUUCCAUUGUUGAAUGUUACUGGGUGUUGUGUUUAGCACUGGAAAGGGAGGUGGGGGGUGGCAUGGCCAGUUUCACAGCCUGUGGCUGGCCAAAGAUCUCCCAAGGCCUCUUUGCUCACUUGGCCUGAACAGGUUUCCUCUAACAGGAACAGGAUCUCCCCUAAGCCGUUUCUCGCUCGUGGGUUGAGCAUGCUGGUCAGCAACCUGCUGGCCUCUGCUGCUCUCAUUCCCAUUCCCGACUCCUCGAUGUCCAGGCUGUCUACAAUGCUGAAAUGCCUAAACUCAUUGGUCGCACUCACAUUCCAGCCCCUGGACUGAAAAGUAGCUGCUUCUUUAAAAAUUGGAAUUGUU